AUGAAAAACCUGAUCUUUUCGUCUGUUAGCUCGACUUUUUGUGAUUGUGUUUCUCUUUGGGUGGGAGAGAUCUUUCUAGUUUUAGUUGGACAUUUACUUUUUUUUGCCUGUUUUUUUUUUUUUUUUUUUCUCUCCUCGACUCUUACACGAGUUGCCCGACCUCUUCCUUACCGUGAAAUUUACUUUCGACGAUAUUUAAUUCUUGUCUUGAAAUUGCCAUCCUGCAUCAUACACCUCUCUCUCUCUCUCUCCCUCACGCCUUCUCAUUCUCUCUCUGAUCCCCUCUCUCUUUCUCUGUCUCUUUCCAUCUCUUUCUCUCUCUCUCCCACUCCUUUUCACUCUCUUUCUCUAUAUCUUGCUUUCCUUUCUAUCUAUCUAUCUAUCUAUCUAUCUAUCUAUCUAUCUAUCUAUCUAUCUAUCUAUCGCAGCCUGAUCACAUCUAUCUAUCUAUCUAUCUAUCUAUCUAUCUAUCUAUCUUAG